AUGAACUUGACGUUGCAUGCCGACUAUUGUCGACUGCAUGCCGGGUUCUUUCUAUUAUAUGCAUGCGGCAUCAUGCAAGCCCUAGACACAAUCAUAGUAGACACCAUUGCCGUUGUGACUAGGGUCUUUCGGAUGGGAGUCGGGGAUACGGUCAUGUUGGUGGUUGACUCGCCAGUCUGGAUGGUCGAGGCUCGGCUGAACUUGAAAUUUGAAAAGUUGAGCUUCCAGCACGUUUCUAUUAAUCCUGGCUUACCAAUUCAUGGAAUUUUCGCUUCACUCAGACAGCCGAAUCGCAAUGAGUUGCAGCCUGCUCCGGUGAACUACGAGUCUCCUCUCUACAGCAUCAAUCCUUGGCCUGGUCUGCAUGAAGAUGACUCCCGUCCCGGACCUGAUCUAUAUGCCAAUUCUUUCUACCCUGAGGCACCACCAACCCUGCAAUUUGAUCAGACCCGCCCCCCUGCUACAUCUUACCACGAUCCAGUCCCAAAUCCUCUACCAGAGGUACCAGCGGUCAACUGGGUACAGGGAUUGUUUGACAAUCUUGGCACGUCUGAUUCACAAGCCGGCUACCAGGAGGCAGGCCCCUCCGGUAGCUCGCAAAACCCCAACAUCUUACCAAAAUUCACCUUCAACGACAACAUAGCAUACACGUCCUUAUUGACCUCCCGCAUCCCCUCACGUCCCGUUCGACGUAUUAAGCCUUACGACAGAAAUCGCCCCUCGAGGGGUGCUCGAUGUCGCAACCCCAACCAGGGGGAAGAUGAAAUCGUGGAGGCCAUGUAUUGCUCCAUAUUCGAUGAGGCCUUCAUGCCCGAGCCACAUGAAGUCAUUGAAAUGGCGCGAAAAAUUUUCCAACACUGGACUCAUACGCUGAUAACAACCUCUGUCAGCCCAAUGGAGCUCACAAGGGCUUGGGUGGUACUGGAGUACCAAAUCCCCCUUUACACGCAAACCAUGCCAGUGGUUAAAUUGUUCGUCGAGGGGCUUAUCAGGGACUAUGCGUAUCUCAAAGGACCCAUUAGCGUACUGGGAAUAAUAAGUAACCUACCGUUCGGGCACCGAGCAGUCAUAGGCUUUGUGAAACACUUGCUGUUUCAUGAUCGCCAAUACUGGCGAUACAUCAGCCCGACUAAAAACGUUGAGCCCCUCCUCGCGUACUCAAGCACACUACACACUUGGGGGUUAAACGAGCUGUCUACCGGGUGUUUCUCUGCCCUCAAAUUCGAUACCAUCGCUAGACAGCCUACGAACCACGGCUCAGGCUCCGCCGCGGCUGUGUCACCUACUACUAAUUCUUUUCAUUCAAGAGAUGCUAUUGAUGCCAAUGCCGAGUUGGUCAAGUCAUGGCAACGGUUGCCAGUCCGGACUCGCAGUAGCGACACGUCCGUCCGGAGUCCUCGGCAGAAGAGACAAUGUUUAGCAAUAUUCGAGUCAUCAGAUUCCAGUGUCAGGCACGCUUAG